AUGGAUAAUAGAAUUGGAGAGGCCAUGGAGGAGUUGACCGUACAGCAGGUCAUACUCAGCUCCCUACAAGACCAGGUCUGGGACGGCAUCGAGGAGGAGCGGGCCCAAGUACUUGGCGAUAUUGAGCGACUGAAGCGUCUCGUCAAGAGGCUGGAACGAGAGGCACGCGCAUACGCCGACCAUCAAGAUGAACAUCCACGCCCUCAACAUCGAACGCCCGUCGUGACGGCCGGGCGCUCCAUCAAGAUGGAUACCCUUCCCGGUGAUCACGACAUUUGGGGCAGCCCAUCUUCAGUAUCUUUGCCAAGCAGAAAGAGGGAUAUUCGGGCCACUGAUGCUUUUACCAUGGAUGGGCAGAACAAGUCUCGGCGCACUACUCCUACUCCCGGAGGCAACCAUCCCUCAACCCCUUCCAGAUAUAACGACUCCGAGCUCUUUGAUAUUAUUGAUCUCACUGGGUAUCCCUUCGCCCAUAGCCACGCAGUCACUUGCUCAUUUGCUGACAAUGAUAGCGACGACGUCGACUUCGAUUCCACCUUAAUCGCCGAACAAAUCCGGGAGCAACAGCGCCGAGAACAGGAAAACCGAGACAGGAAAAUGGCCAUGGAACUUGGGAGCCUGCCCUCCCCGCUCAUACCAACCUCCAACAUCAACUCACUCGAACCAGACGCUUUUUCAAGGAUCAUGGCUACAGAGCGAGCAAACACAAGAGGGCCGACAGGAUGGAACUGGCAGUCUUCACCGCCACCCAGCACUCAAACACCGGCGCCGCCUACAGAUAGGAAGGGAGCCUCAGUCCCAGGGUCGUAUGAUCCGAACUGGGACAGCCCAAGCCCGUGGGAUAGACCUCCAGUGCCCACACUGCGCAGCAAUGGAUUUAAAGAUGUUGGCAUGAACUCGCCUGGUGGAAAUGGCUCGAAUUCUUCGUGGUCUAACGCUCCGCUGAAUUCACCGUUUACUAGUAUGAGAAAUCAGCUUUCGAACCCGGCGCUCACAAAUGCCUUCCAGCCUCACUCGCUGUCACGACAUGUGUCAAACGGGAUAUCAUGGCUGCCGAAAAAUAAUGGCUCUGCUGUUGCAAACGUCAUCGAACAGACCAGCAUGUUUGAUUUCACAAAUGGGCUAGACGCAUUUGGCAAUCCACUGCCUAGUCGUUUGACAAAUGUGCUUGGUGACGAUGACGAGUCACCUAUGACGGGAAAGGAGCUGGAUGACUUGCUGGGGAAUAUUCGCCCCGACGUAGAUAUUCCUGAGAGUAAUCGCGGGAUUGGUCCCCCAGGGCUGAAGUUCCCCCUUUAUCGCCACCAGGAAGUUGCGCUUACUUGGAUGAAACAAAUGGAAGAGGGGACUAACAAGGGCGGCAUCCUGGCCGACGACAUGGGAUUAGGCAAGACGAUUUCCACCUUAUCUCUUAUGCUUGCCAACCAAUCCAACUGUCGUCCAAAGACCAACUUGAUUAUUGGCCCUCUUUCGUUGGUCCGACAAUGGGAAGAGGAACUACAAAAGAAGACGAAGCUUGCGCACAGAUUCUCCGUGUUUCUGUAUCAUGGCAGAAAAACGACCACGGAUGAACUUCUCAAGUACGACGUUGUGCUCACCACCUAUGGCACUUUGGCGCAGGAACUCAAGCGCCGCGAGAAGUUCAUUGAAGAAAAUAAAGAUAGGAACAUCAACUUCAAUGAUAAGUCUUGUACGGCUAGAUUUCCGCUGCUACACCCAGAGAAAGCUGUCUUUCACCGCGUCAUCCUGGACGAAGCACAAUGCAUCAAGAAUAGGAAUACGCAAACGGCAAAAGCUUGCCACAGCUUGAGGGCUACCUAUAGGUGGUGUUUGACCGGCACCCCAAUGAUGAAUGGGAUUCUCGAGCUCUAUUCCCUCUUGAAGUUUCUACGUAUAAAGCCGUAUAAUGCAUGGGAGAACUUCCGUCGGACUUUUGGUGUAUUGUUCGGCCAGAGAGGCGACCCUAAGAGUAUUGCCAUGAGCAAGCUUCGAGCACUGCUCAAAGCAAUUAUGCUACGCCGAAAGAAGGACUCGAUGCUAGACGGCAAGCCGAUAUUGGAACUUCCCCCGAAGAGCGAGCAUAUCGUGUAUGCGGAGCUAUCCGUCGACGAGCAACACUUCUACAAACAACUCGAGCAGAAGUCCCAAGUGGUUUUCAGCAAGUACCUCCGGGAGGGGAGUGUCGGAAAGAAUUAUUCAAGCAUUCUUGUGCUGUUGCUCCGACUUAGACAAGCAUGCUGUCAUCCCCACCUCAACCUGGACGUCGACGAUGCAGUCAAUCCUGUCAGCGGUGCUGAUGUGGAAAAUCUGGUCAAGGAACUGGAUGCAUCUAUCGUAGAGAGGAUCAAGGGUGUCGAAGCGUUUGAGUGCCCCAUUUGCUACGAUGCAGUACAGUGUCCAACAUUCUUCAUCCCCUGCGGUCACGAUAGUUGCAACGACUGUCUGUCCCGGCUUGUCGACAAUGCCAUCUCGCAGAACCUCCACGAAGGCAGCGAAAGCGACAAGGCUAAGUGCCCUGUGUGCCGAGGCGUCUUUGAACCACGGAAAUGUUUCACUUAUGACAUGUUCAAGAAAGUCCACAUGCCAGAGACCGUGGAACAAUCAACCAAGGUGGGACCAGAGUACGAUGACUCCAGCGAAGAUGAAGAGGGUGAUUUUGAAGACGGGUAUUCCGCGGAUGAGAUUGACAGCCAAGGGAACCUCAAAGGAUUCAUCGUCUACGACGACGACGAGCUCGCCGACAUCGACGACCUGAAAAAGGAGGUCUCCACCCCUGACACCCAAGCGCAAAAAAGGACCAGGAAGACUACAACCAAAGGCAAGGGGAAUGGAAAGGGGAAGGGGAAGGGGAAGGACAAGGGCAAGGGCAAAGACAAGAAACCAGACGUGAAGCCCUCCAUGCUCAAGAGCCUCCGCUUGGAGGCAGUCAAGAACCGCCAAGCAUACAAGCGAUAUAUGCGGUACCUACGCAGGACGUGGAUGCCAGCAGCCAAAGUCACCGAAUGCAUGAAGCUGCUCAAACAGAUACAAGAAACGGGCGAAAAGACAAUCAUAUUCUCCCAGUGGACGCUGCUCCUGGACCUCCUGGAAGUGGCCAUGUGGCACGAGCAGUUCCCCAACAAGCCGCUUCGGUACGACGGCAGCAUGUCUGGGGACGAACGCAGCGCUGCAGCUAAGAACUUCAGAGACCGGCCCCAGCACGAUGUCAUGCUCGUGUCCCUGCGCGCGGGCAACGCGGGCCUCAACCUGACGGUCGCUACUCGCGUCAUCAUCAUGGAUCCCUUCUGGAACCCGUACAUUGAGAUGCAGGCCAUUGACCGGACCUACCGCAUAGGACAGCAGAAGGAGGUGGAGGUGUAUAGAAUCCUGACCAAGGAAACAGUAGAAGACCGCAUCGUCGCGCUGCAGGAGAAGAAGAAGGAGAUUGUGGAGGCGGCGCUCGACGAGACGGAGAGCAUGAAGAUAGGCCGUCUGGGCGUCGACGAGCUCAAGUUUUUGUUUAAUGCGCACUGA